UAGAGCCUUUACUGAUGACACACUUGUGUUCGACCUUUCAGUUGUGCUUCCGGUCAGGGCGUAGCAGCAUUCGGCUGGAGCGCCAUUAUCUAACGACAUGUUUUUAUUGGCACACUGCGCGCCUUCUGGUUUGUUAUUACGGUCUGUUUGCCCUGUGUUUACCUGCACAGGUUCCCAGUUAGUGUUGGCACUCGGUGCACAUUCUGCACGACUCGGCCAGACUUCGCUGCUCCACACUCAGACUGCUCAGCUGAACUCCAACAGGACGUCGGUGGUUCGCUGUGGUCGACUCCGAUAUGAGAGGCUGUACCCCGUGACUCUGGUUCGUCCUGAUGGAGCUACAAUCAACAUCAGAUACAAAGAGCCCAGACGCAUAGUCAUGAUGCCAGUCAAUAUGUCCACUCUAUCUGAAGAGGAACGUCGAGCUCGACAGAAAAAGAGAGAAGUGAAGAUGUCCAAAAAGCAGACAGCGGUCCACUAUGAAGAUGACUUCAAAGCAGACAAAUACAGACACUUAUGGAAGAAGAAAUAACUUCUUUAUACACAAAUGUUUGUUAGGUAAUUAUGUUGUAGCUCUGUGUUCGAGAAAUAACUCCCUUGCCACAGAUUUGUUGCUGUGUCCUGAUUAAAAUAAAUUGAAUUGAGACA